CAUCGAAUUACCAAAAUACCCUCUUUGAAGCUGAAGAAGAAUUUGAAGAGUAUAUCCUUCGUUGGUCCCUCUUCGAUUCCCAGUUUUUCAUUUUUUUCCCAAGCAGUGAAACAGAAGAGAGAGAGAAGAGAAGCCAUUUUUAAAGUCUUAGAACUAUAUCUGAUACAAUUGGGGUCCAUCGCCGCCUUUUUUCUUCUCUAGCUUGUUUUUCAGUUCUCUGAAUUUGGCUUGUUUAAUUUUCGGCUCAGAUUUGAGGAUAUACCACUGUAUAUGCGAGUUUAGUGUAUCUUUCUGGUUAGAAGAUUCUCAUGGCAUUGCCAUCGGGAAAUGUUGGUGUACCGGAUAAAGUUUCGUUUCAGAGUGGUGGUGGUGGAGUUGCAGUGAGUGGUGGCGGUGGUGAGAUCCAUCAGCACCACCACCCACGCCCUUGGUUUCCCGAUGAGCGUGAUGGGUUUAUCUCAUGGUUGCGCGGCGAAUUUGCUGCUUCAAAUGCGAUGAUUGAUGCACUUUGCCAUCAUUUGCGUGCUGUGGGAGAGCCUGGGGAGUAUGAUGUGGUUAUUGGAUGUAUACAGCAACGACGAUGUAAUUGGACACCAGUGCUUCAUAUGCAGCAAUACUUUUCAGUUGCAGAAGUGAUGUAUGCCCUUCAGCAGGUGACCUCAAGGAGGCAGCAGAGGUAUAUGGACCCUGUGAAAGUGGGGCCGAAGUUGUAUAGAAGACCUGGGCCAGGGUUUAAGCAGCAACAGGGCCAUCGGGCUGAAGCCACAGUCAAGGAAGAGACAAUCACUUGUGCAGAGUCAUGUAAUGGUGGGAACUCUUCAAGUUUUGUAAGCUCUAGAAAGGUGGAGCAAGUAAGUAAUACGUGUGAUGAAAGUAAGGCAUCAGGGGAGGAUGAAAAGUUGAGUGAAAAAGAUUCAGGGUCAGCUGAGGACAAUAAAGAUACUCAUGGGAAGGACCAAAGUAAUAGCAAAACGAAGUGUGCAGAAAAUCUAGAAGACAAUGCAGGUAAUAAAGACUCUCAAGUUGAACCUGAUGAUGGAUGCUCUUCAAGCCAUAGAGAUAAGGAGCUGCAAUCUGUUCAAAGCCAGAAUGGAAAGCAGCAUGCAGCCACAACCCCGAGAACCUUUGUUGCCAAUGAGAUGUUUGAUGGAAAGAUGGUGAAUGUGAUGGAUGGAUUGAAAUUGUUUGAAGAAUUAUUGGAUGAUGCUGAGGUUUCAAAGCUUCUUUCACUGGUUAAUGAUCUUAGGGCUUCUGGAAAGAGAGGGCAAUUUCAAGGUCAGACGUAUGUGGUCUCGAAAAGACCCACAAAGGGACAUGGGAGAGAAAUGAUCCAACUAGGCUUUCCCAUUGCAGACGCUCCUUACGAGGAUGAGAAUUCUUUAGUGCUCUCUAAAGUGAACUUCACAGAUAGAAGAAUAGAACCCAUUCCCUCAUUGCUUCAAGAUCUCAUUGAUCGCUUGGUUGGGGAUCAAGUGAUGACAGUGAAACCAGAUUCCUGCAUCAUCGAUUUUUAUAACGAGGGUGAUCAUUCUCAGCCUCAUGUCUGGCCAUCAUGGUUUGGAAGGCCUGUUGGUGUCCUCCUUUUGACUGAAUGUGAAAUAACCUUUGGUAGAGUGAUUGGUACCGAUCAUUCUGGAAACUAUAGAGGUGCUAUUAAGUUGUCUCUCACACCUGGAAACCUUCUUGUGGUGCAAGGAAAAUCUGCAGAUUUUGCUAAGCAUGCAAUUCCUGCCAUUCGCAAGCAACGCAUACUUGUUACGCUAACCAAAUCACAGCCAAAAAGAGCUUCACCAGCUGAUGGGCAACGUUCAUCUCUAAAUGUAGGUACAUUUUCUGGUUGGGGCCCUCCAUCUGCUAGAUCACCCAACCCUCGUCUUUCACCUGGACAGAAGCCCUACUCUAAUGUUCCAUCAACUGGUGUACUACCGGUACCACCCAUUCGUCCCCAAAUGGCACCACCAAAUGGCAUCCCUCCUUUAAUUGUCCCUUCUGUGGCACCACCUAUGCCUUUCACUCCCGUGCCGAUCCCAACUGGUCCAUCAGCAUGGCCCACUGCACAUACAAGGCAUCCUCCGCCUCGUCUACCUGUACCAGGCACUGGAGUAUUCCUUCCCCCUCCAGGCUCUUCUAGUGCUCCAACACCAUCUCCUCAACAGCAGUUGCCAAACUCCAAUAUUGAGAUGGGUUCCCUUUCAGAAAAGGAGAAUGGUUUGACGAAAUCUGAUCACAAUUCAGGUACUUUUCCAGGAGAAAAACCAGAAGCGAAGACUCAAAGACAAGAAUGCAAUGGGACUAUAGAUGGAAGUGGGAAUGAUAAAGUGAAAGAGGAAGAGCAGCAGCAGCAACAGGAGGAGGAACAAAGUGCCCAAAAUGCAGUUUAGACAAGAUAUUACUUAUGAAGAGAAGAGAAGAGAAGAGAGAGAGAGUGAGAGAGAUAGAGCAGGUAGGCUGCAGAGUUGAAUGAGUUAUGAAGCAAAAUGUAGAGAGCGGCAACAUUCAAGAUUGAUGAUUUGCACACUAAAGACAUUACUACUACUACCAAAGGAGAACAAGGGGAGUUCUCUUUCAAAGUCCUUUUAGUUCAUUCCUUUUUUUUGAUGUCCUGAAAAAUUAUUGGUUAGAUGGGAAGACUGAUUCCUAAUGGAACUUUUGGAUCCUAUCAUCUUUUUUUUUUUUUUUUUUUUUUUGAAAAAAAAAAGAAAAAGAAAAAAGUGAUUUUUGAGAUGUUAGAACCAGUUGGGGAUUUUCUUUUGGGUUUAAAUAGUUGAAAAAAAACAAGACUAUAUAUAUAUAUAUGCUAACCCCUUGAGUUAUUA